CUUUCUUUAUGAUUACAGUACAUGAUUGGUAGCUAGACAGAGUGUUCGAAUCCUUGAGAAUAUGACUCCGACGUUUUCACGAAGAAGGAGAAGACAAGGAUCGUAAUUCUUUUCCCCUCAAUCCAGGUCCCCCUCCCAUUCUGGUAGCUUUUCUUUUUCGCAUCUGAGAUUGCAGAUUUAUUCACCCUAUUCAGCUAUUCGUCAUAUAAUCUACCAAAAGAUUCGGAUUUGAACAUCUGUGUGCAACCAAAAGUCCAACCUUCCAAGUCAACGCAAUAAUGGCUUCCUUUGUUAGGAUUUCAGCACUACUAUGGGCGGAUUUGUUAGCUGCAUUUGCAAUGUAUAUCAUGAUGACCUACUUAACAAAUGUCUGGAAUCUAAGCACUGCACAUGCUGCUGGUAUUAUAAACAUUUGGGAUGGAAUCACAGCAGUUUUAGCCAUUGUGUUUGCCUAUAUUGUUGAUUCCUUCUUGGGCGACUACUAUAUGCUUCUUCUCUCUAGCAUUUCCUACACUAUAGGAUUAGGUUUGUUGUCCAUGUCAACACCUCCAGUCUUCGGCCCAUGUAAUGAGUACAAGGAGAAAUGUAUUGGGCAUACACAAAAAGUCUUGUUUUAUACUGCUUUACCAUUGAUAGCAGUAGGAAUGGCUGGUCAUGUAGUCUCCUUAAUGUCAUUCUUGAAUCUACAAACAAACACUGAAAAUGAAGCCGAUAAAGAUAAAGAUAAAGAUACAAAUAAAGAGAAAGAGAAAGAGCAAGAAAAAGAGAAAGAGGGAAAUAAAAUAUAUUGGCAAAUGUUAGGUUUAUUAAUAGUGGUGGUUGUAUUAAUCGCUGGAGGUAUUGCACUUCCAUAUAUAAAACCAUGGUCAAUCCGCUUUGGGAUUCCUGCUAUAUGUACAUUGGUUGCAACACUUCUGUUCUUUAGUGGACAUUCAGUGUAUAAACCAUGUAAGCCAGCUGAAGGAAGCCCAUUAACAACCACAUUAAGAGUCUUUGUAGCUACUACACGUAAGUUUUCUCAACCACUUCCUGACCCUAAAGAGCUUUACAAUGAAGAAGAUACUCGAUCCACCAGUAGCCUUAGGUGCUUAGACAAGGCAGCUAUUAAGUUACAAGAAGAACCGGAAUCAAAAAACUGGAACCUUUGUAGUGUUCGCGAAGUAGAAGACACGAAGAUCGGAAUCCGUAUGCUCCCAAUGUGGCUAACCUUCAUAGUCAUCGGAAUCGUGCUUUCCAUCGGAAACACCUACUUUCUUGAACAAGCUAAUCGAAUGGAUCGUAAACUUGGAAAAAUCAAGAUCACGAUUCCGAUCUUUCUUUUGUUCUAUCAACUAUCAAGCAGCAUAUCCACAUACUUUUACUCCAUCUUAACAAUGUGUUUCAACAAGAAAUAUGCUCCUCCAGUUGGGAUAGCUACAGGAAUGGUUUUAUCUGUAUUAUGUUGUAUUACAUCUGCAAAAGUGGAGACUCGAAGAUUACACGUGAUUAGGGAUCAUGGGUUGUUAGACAAACCUGAUGAGAAGAUCCCAAUGAGUAUAUUUUGGCUGCUUCCACAGUUUAUGCUUCUUGCAGCUGUUGAUGGGAUAGCUAACACGAGUAUCACAAGUUUCUUUAAGCAUCAAGCUCCUGAAUCGAUGAGGAAAUAUUUGACGUAUUUCACAAAGGGUGUGUUGGGAUUAGGGACAAUGGCUAGUGUUUUGUCGGUUUAUGUUGUGGGGAAGGUGAGCGAGAGAGACCAAAACCCUAACUGGUUUCAACCUUCGUUGAAUAAGAGCAGAUUGGAUCGAUAUUAUUGGACGUUGUCUGGGUUAUGUGCUGUUAAUCUUGUGAUCUAUGUUAUAGUUGCGUCUUUCUAUACGUAUAAGGAAACACCGGAUGAUGGUGGUGAUGAAGGAGAAGGAGGAAAUAUGGAUCCAGGUUUUGAAGACACUGCGAAAUGUUGUUGUUGAUUUUGGUUAGUGUUGGUGUGUAUUACAAUUGCGGUUUGUGUAACGUUGUUUAAACAGAUCGAUUGAUUAUGUUAGCGUUACUAUAACCAUUUUGUACUUAUAUAUAGUCUAGAGAUUGUUGUUGUAAUAGUUCUUAUGUUAGGUAUAUAUCUAUGAAUUUCUCUUUUUCCAUCCCUUGUAAAUUCACGGUUCCUUUUAUCAAAAUCGAUUAAACCUUUGGCUCUCUA